UGUGUGUGUGUGUGUGUGUGUGUGUGUGUAGACAGAAAGACAGACAAGCGGUUGUUGACACGUUUUCAAUGGUUUGCUAUAUUUAGUUAACAGACAUUUGGUUUAUGUACAAGGAAGGGGUAGAGGAAUGCUCACUAGUUCUUCCCUCCCAUCUCAUAUUGGAGGCAGAAACAGAUUAAGCAAUGCAGGAGCAUCACCUGGAAGGAACGUGCCAUCAUCACUCAAGCAGCCAUUAAUAUCAUUUCCAACAGCAACUGGAGACCAACAAUACGAGUUUGGACAACCUGACGCAUCAUCAGCUGCAACUCAGUUGAAUCCUUUUCAUGCAAAGUUGAAGACUGACAUUUUGAGGAGUGGAAAUGAAGUGGAUGAGGAAUCUGUUUCUGGUGAUGAAGGUGUGAAGGAUGGUGAUAGAGCGAAUCCAUUUUUUAAGGGUGUGAGAAAGAGGCCGGCGAGAAUGCAACAAACACACCACACAGAGUCAGCUCCACCGCCGUUUACUCAAAUUGCAUCACGUGUAGCAUCAGAUGAAACAAAGUCAGAACAACCAUCUCGGCCAACACUAACAAGCACCAACAUGUUUGCAGCAGCCGUUGAGGCCGCUGCUUCUACCAGGCAAGACGGCUUUAGAGCAGCGUCCAACUUACAGCUGGUAAAACGGAAACAAGAGGCUGUGAUGCAUGGUGGUGGGGUUGCUGGACAUGUUUGGCCUGGUGAUAUUAGUUUGAAGACGUCACUUCACGUGAAGCAGAUUCCGAAUGAAUUGAAUACGAGAGAGGUUAUUGGUGGACAUUUUGGGAAAUUUGGAAACGUUGUGAGAGUUUCGUGCUUUCCUGCCAAGCGAUAUGCAACUGUUGUUUUCGAUACCAUCUUCAUGGUGUUGAGAGCUCUCAUUGUUUCUACACAGGAAUCCGCUGCCAGAGCUAAACGAGGUGGAAAACACAUACAACAAGGACAACAACAAAUACCCAUUCAAUUGUUUUGGAACAAUCAAGACCAACCCCAACGAUCUCGUACUGAUCCAAGUCUGUCCAUCUCCUCAGACAUUACACAGCAGGUUUGUAGUCCUCUAUCGAUGCAUACGUCAGCAGUCCAACUACCAUCUGAACAUGAAGAUUUCUCGUACGGUGAGAUGGAGGAGCACGAUGUUGGAAUGACUGGACAACAACCACGCAGUGGAUUUUCUGUUGUGAUAAACACAGAUAGAAGCGUCGCAAACAAACGAUUUGUCUUCAAGUCUGAAGAUGGUGAUCGAGAUGUGAUUGCUGCAGUAUUUGAUUCCAAGUUGGAUGAACGAGACGACACAACCCAGCGUAACAGCCACAACUCGUCAACACCCAUCCCACACUCCAUUGCAUCCAUCUCUCAUGACACCCAACCAUUCACUCUAACUCAGUCCCACGAUUCUCAACCAUUUGGUACGUUUGUGCGGCAAGACGUACCACCACCUUCCAACUUUGUGAGCAUUCAACCUGGCGACAACACCGACUUACGUCAACUGCUUCAACAGACGAAACGUGCUGCUUCUCCAAGACCAAACGCGUUUCAAGUGCUACCCACUGUUGGUGUGCAUCGCAGGAAGCCAACUGAAGUAGACACUUUGAUUAGAACUGAUCAUCGUUUAUCAGUUCCACAAGCUCGUCUGCCUCACAUGCAGUCGUCGCCUGCGUUUCGUUCUCCUCCAUCUCGUAGUCGCUCGUGUGGCUUUACUGUUACAACGAGUGGUGAAGAUGGUGGUUUGCGGAGUGAGAGUGGGAGUCAGUCUCGAGUGAUUCCUCCUCCUUUGCCGAAGAUGGUUGGUGAUUCUCCGCAGGAACGAUACGAGGCUCUGAAGGAAAGAGAUGCUAAGAUGAGAGAAGGCCUGGUGAAAGACACAUCAUUGAAGACAGCAAAAGUUGUGAAAGGAACGUGCCCCGAUAUGUGCCCAGAGACGGAACGAUACAUGAGAUUGACUCAGCACGGACUGAGACACUUUGAGCUAACAGAAACGGCCGAUGGUCAGAGAGUAUUAGACCAUGCAAAAGCCAUCAAAGAGUAUUCAAGGUCGUCUGCUGAUAAAGAGGAGCCGCUGCCUCAUCAGCUUCGACCACCUCAUGUACUUGACAUGACGAUGAAUUAUCUCUUGAACAAUGUGAUGGACGCCAGCAGCGAUCGGUGGCCUGAGUGGUUUGAUUUUGUAUGGAACAGAACAAGAGCGAUUAGAAAGGAUCUUACACAGCAGCAAGUGUGCAAUCCAUUGGCUGUUAGUCUCGUGGAAAAAACAACAAGAUUUCACGUGUUUGCUGCUCAUCAGUUGUGUGAAGAGGAGCUGCUUGACUUCGAUCCAAAAAUCAACGAUGAGAAUCUAACAAAAUGUCUUCAGACCCUAAAACAGUAUUAUACGGAUCUUAGACAGACGGGUGUUGAAUGUGAUUUGGAGCCUGAAUUUCGUUGUUACACGAUUCUUAUGAAUCUUGAUCAGAGUGACGUGUUGCGAGAGGUUCUUACAUUUCCACGAUGGGUUCGCGACUCUCACAACGUUAUGUUUGCAAUGAAAGUCUAUGCAGCAUUUAACAGCAACAACUACGUCAGAUUCUUUCGACUCGUCAGAAACUCAACAUAUUUGGAAGCAUGUAUCUUACACAGAUACCUCACACAGAUGCGUGUGGCAGCAUUACAGACUAUGGAGAAGGCAUUUUGUACUCAAAAACAGUUGACGUUGUUUCCGUUGUCAGACUUUGUAAAUCUGCUCGCAUUUGAAGACAAUGAAGAGGCUAUUGCAUUCUGUCAGCAUUAUGGUGUCACUGUUGAGAAUGAAGCAGUUUGUCUUACGAGAGGCAGAUUUAGUGACUCUGGGGAGGCUCUUACUGUUCGACGUCUUUGGCAAUUGGUGGAGAGCAAGAGAACUGGCUCGAUAGGCGAGGUCAUACAAGCUGGACCUCUUGCUCCUCCACCUUCCCACAUUCCUCACUCAAGUUUCGACUCUUCGUAUCGCGCAGAGGUGGAAGAAAUUUUACGCAAUAGAACAAACAUACUACCCCAACUAUCAUCACAUCAACAGACACCACCACAUCAACAGCAUGUAGCAUCUCAUCUACAGGAGGAAACAUCACAACUUAUGAAUGAAUUGACGAGUUUAGUUGCUAAUGAUUAUCUUGAGCGAGGAAUUGCAAUGGUUGUUGAUCAAACUGCAAGAGAAGUUGGUCAACAGGUGCAACAACUAAAAACUUCAAGUGUCACCAUUGCAGCUGAGAUUCAAUCCACCGUUGAAACUGAUCUAAUCCAUAUCACAGCUAUAGAAUCCAUCAAUGAAGCAACAACCUAUAGAGAGAAAAUAGCAGCAUUGAUGAAAGGGAUUAGUGCUGUAAUGCAGGAGUUAUUGGAGGAGACGGUAACUUGUCUCGUCAAAUUUACUGCAGUCAGUGUUUGGAGGGAGGCUUUGCAUUUGCAAAUAGCGAAUGAAGCAAGAAACGAAGCUUGCGUUGCAGAGUGUGAUAGUUUAUUGACGAAGUGUCUUGCUGAUAUGGUGCAGUUAGUGGCUGAUGAGGUGGUCAAGGAGUCGAAGGCGUUACGAGCGGACAAUUUUGCUAAAAUAUCUAAGAAGUGUUGUGUAAUCAGGCUACGACGGUUCUUUAAUCGCUGGUUGAUGUUGGUAAUUGGAAGACAUAAGUUACGUCACUGUCUACAAGAGUUCCCUGUUGGUCCAUCUGUCCUCUCAACAGAGUUACAACUUCUUCACUUGAGGAAACCAUCAGUUUACACAACCACGAGGCCUCACGUUAAGAGGGCUCGAGUAGCAGACAACUUAAGUCCAUUUGAACAGGAAAUGCAGCUCAAUACAGAACUACAGAAGAGAAGAAAGUUACUUGAGUUUGCAAGAAUAAUGUUAUAUCAACAAUUGGAUCUUGUUGAUAUUGCCGAGAAACAUUACACCAAUAGCCAACACUUUUCUAACAUCUACUGGCAGCUCUGCAUCUCGACUUCUAACACUUUGCCACUAGAGCUGGAAGAUUGGUUCAAGUCGAAGUUCUGUGGGAGUCAACAAGUCACUAACAAAUCAGCAGAAGCUGUUCAGACUUGGUAUUGUGACACUGUGAAUCGUCAUGGAAGAAACUUUCAUAUCUGUUGCAAGCAUAUCCGAGGCAUCCUCUCACUUGCUCAGUCAGAAAUUGCUGUGCAGGAACGUUGUCUCUAUGGAACCCAUUUGGUUGUAUUUGUAAUGAAUUCAAAUAGGGGACGCAUCAGUUGGAAGGCACGACUUCAACUUACCGAUUUGUGAUUGUUUGUUGGUAUGUUGUUUGUGUGAUUGUUUAGUCAGAGGCUCAACGUUUGUAUGCGUUGUGUAAUAUGAUGCCGGCUUUUCCUGGUGUGUCUGUUCUUGUUGUCAUUCCUGAAAUUGUGACAAGUCUCACACAGACGGAUAUAGAGAAAGCUCUCGACCUUUCAAAGUUGAUAUCAACAGGCACCAUCAUCACAUGGAAUGCAGUCGUAAUAGAUCUAAGUGACAUUGUAACAUGCCAAAGCGACUCGCCAUCCCUACAGGCA